ACGAAGAGAUGUUGGCUUUAAUAGAAGCUGUGGCAACGAAUAAAAAUGUGGUUCUGGGUAAAUUAGAUAACAGAAUAACUGCACAAGUGAAAAAUAACGCCUAGGAGAGUGUGACUAAGGAAGUGAGUCUUCUCGCUCGCGUACCGGGGAAUGUGAAUGUAGGGCGUAGGAAGUUCACAGACCUAAGAGCAGCUUGAAAAAAAAGGCAGCACAAGAGGAAAAACACAUGGGAGGAACAGGUGGUGGCCCAGCAGUUCUCACAAACUACACUCCUCUUGAAGAAACAAUUCUGACACUGACUGAGCCUGUUGAUAUUACUGGUUUACUAGGGGUUUAUGAAAAUGAGACAGAAGUUGAUGAUGUUGCAGAACCAACUCCUGGGCCAUCUGGGAUAGCAUCUCAGGUCAUAACAGACUCGAAAGUUGUUGUAACAUUGGAUGAGGGCACUCCAGAGGAGCAAGAAAUGACAAUACCCAUUGUGUCAAUGGACCACACUUACUCCUCAGAAUUACCUCCUUUUUUAAUAGAAGACAGUGAUGCUCAGGAUGGAGGUAGCAGGCAUGAGGUAGUGCAUGGUCAUAGCAGAAGAUCAGAAGAAAGGAGAAUUUUGCCUGACAUGCUUCAGAUACAAGAAAUUCACUUGAAACAGCUUGUAAGCUCAGUAAAAGACAUUGCAUCAGCAUUACAAACAUUUGCUGGUGUUAUAAAAGAUAAGGCAUAAGUUCUUAUUUUUAUCAAAUGUUGAAAUAUUUUAGUUUUUCUCCCAUUCAACUCUAGUCUUAAUCUACCCCUUUAUAGUACACAUUUGACAUUAAUUUGUGAUAGGCAUUUGUACAUUUAACAAAGUCAUAAUGUUAAGUUAUUGCUUUAGAGACUAAGUCUAAAAUAAGUCUUUAUUUCGGAGUUCCUUUAUUUCUUUAGUACAGACCAAGGCAAAAAUCCAUUAUAUGUUAUUUAUUUUUUGUUCGCAUUAAUGUUUGCACUGAGGUUGUGAAAAUUGUAUUUUGGUUUUAUGAUAUAGGUUAUGACCAUUUUAUCCAGUUUGGAAGAAUCACAUUUUUAUAGGGGGGGAAUUCAGGAUUUUAUUAAUUUGUUUAGGAA